GGCAGUGCCCCGUCGCGGUCGGUUGAUCCAGCUCACACACAACACUCAGUCCGUCGCCAACGCGCGAGUCGAUAAAACGUUAGCGCGCAGUUCGUAUCGAUAUAAACAGACAUGUUGUUUCACAUCACUAUCGCUGUGCUGGUGGCCGUUGCGCAGGCGAAAUUCUACACGGACUGUGGCUCGAAGCUAGCCACUGUGGAGAAUGUGGGAGUGAGCGGCUGCAAGGAGGACGCCAAGGAGUGCGUACUCAAAAGGAACAGCAAUGUCACCAUCAGCCUCGACUUCGUGCCCUCGGAGGACGUGUCCAGCCUGCAGACGGUGGUGCACGGCAUCAUCAUGAACCUCCCGGUGCCGUUCCCUCUGCCUCAGCCUGAUGCCUGCAAGGACUGCGGACUCACUUGUCCUCUCAAGGCUGGAAGUAAAGCGAGCUACCAAUCCACGCUCCCCAUACUCAAAUCCUAUCCCAAAGUGAAGGUGGAAGUCAAAUGGGAGCUCCAAGACAAGGACGGCGAAGACCUGGUCUGCAUCAUCAUACCGGCUCGACUCAACUAAACCAAUACUUCGAUCAUAAGGACUUCUAUUUAAAUACUUGGACUGCAGUUUAAUAAAACGUGUCUGUUUUGGAUGAAAAGAUUAGUUAAUUAUGUGAUUAUUUAAGAUUAGCUGACACCGCGCGGUUCCCGUUCCCGUAGGAAUAUGGGGAUAAUAUAUAGCCUAUAGCCUUCCUCGAUAAAUGGGCUAUCUAACACUGAAAGAAUUUUUCAAAUCGGACCAGUAGUUCCUGAGAUUAGCGCGUUCAAUCAAACAAACUCUUCAGCUAUGUAAUAUUAGUAUUAGUAUAGAUAACAUUGUAGCAAUUUUAUUCAUGAAACAGUGGCGGCAUUAGGAAGCGCCAAAGGGGGGACAAAAAUAAUUUACAAGUUUUCAAAAUACGAAUUUUCUUCCGUAUUCUAUUUAUAGCGAGAAGGUACUCAUAUUUUGCAAUUUUUGGAGGGUUUUUCUUUUCAUGACAUUCGAAUCUCUUUUUACUCUUUUGUAAUUAGUGUCUUAAAGAAGAGCUUUUGUUGAAGUUAAAAGUUCGUGUAUUUAAUAUUUUAAGAAGUAUUCUUUGUUCUCAUUGCUGUUUUUCUGUACCUAAAAAUUUCAUAAUUAAAACUAAAAGCAUUUAAGUUUAAUUAUUAUAAGUUUAUUGUACCUACUAAAGAGCACGUACACGGAUUGUGUGUUUAUUUAAAAGUAGACGUAGCAAUAUCUGAUAACUAGCUGACGAAUUGGAGUCGAACUCUGGACCUUACGGUUCGUAGCUAAACCAGCUAACCACAGGACCAAUGAGGCAGAUUUUAAAAAAGGCAUUUCAUCUUAAAUCAAUUUAGAUCAAGACCACAGUAGCAUCCACAGACUGAUCAAACCAUUUAUUUUGACCUUUCCUCAUAGAACGAAUUUAUAAAGGUUGAAAGUAUGUCAUGCUUCUACCAUUCCUCAGUACAUAAUUAUUGCUGCGUCUAUGAUAUUAUAAAAAAAAUUGUCUUGCCUAAGUUGUUCACCAAAGUUUCGUAAGAUAUUUGUACAUCACAUAAUAGAGAUAAGUAUAAAAUUAUCAAAAAUCUAA